CUGAUACUCUCGCGCCAACUACAAUCGACAAAAAUGGCUGCGCAAACAUGUGCCGCCAUCGAAAUGGCCAACGCGGCACUCUCUUACGUCUCACCCGAUCUUCACCCGUCGGCAUCAUGUACCCCCGCACAGCCUCCAUCAUCCCGUAAGUCCCCUGCACGAAAUGCCACUACUCUCCUCCCUGCACCUCCAUCCGACGGACUCCCAUCACUUCUCAAGUAUGUGGACUCUUACCUCAUGCGCGCCCACGGCAUGUUCGACCUCCCUCCCUCCCCUUUAUACACCACCUGCCGUAUUUGCCAGCGCCUCGGUCAUAAGUGUCCCGAGUUUUCAACUUUCCUGCCCCUCACUCCAUGUGGAUGCUGGGUGCACUAUCGCUGCUUCAUCCGCCGUGCUUGCCAGCCUUUCCGCGACCUGGCUGGCUAUCGCUGUCCUGGGUGCGGCAUCACGUUGUUUAUCUGGGAGGGCAUCACGGCUUUGACGCUGCUCACUCGGACCGGGCUUGACAUUCCUGACUGCAACUUCUCCGACCUCAAGAAGUACGGUGGGCUGAUAUUUACCGAAAAUGUCGCGCAAGCUGGUGAUCUCAAUCCUCACAUGAUGGUCUUUACGGAUACCAUGCUCGAACCUACGCCCCGCCACGCUCGCAUCACCGACUCACUGACUGGCAAGAUGGUCCAAUCUCUUUCCGCAUCUUAUGAAUCCGACUGUGCCCUUAUUGAGACCUACAUCAGCUCUGCUUUUCAUAGCAACCUUCAGCAGAUCUCUCCCUACCUUGAUGGAUCGCCCGACAUCUUGACCUGCGUGAACACGGUGUUGCUGUCGAUAAAGGAGGUGCUGCGACCGCGAAGCAUUUGGCUGAGCUUCAGGACGCUGGCCGGUGAGCUUUGCUGGACUGUUCUCGUCGCGAUCAAGAUGAAGCGCUUUCUUCUUGAGGGUCAUGGCUUGAUAUGCGGAACAUUGGGCUGGAAGGUGUUCGAGUGUGGGCUGGAGAGCUGGACCAGACAGAUUGGGGAAAUCUGUCGCGUACAGACUAGCCCAGUCGACUAGAUUGUAUUUCUGAAGUUGAAGCGAAUGGGUUGCAGCCGAGUUUGUCUGCGUGGGAUGAGAAUCAUUUUCGGGGAAUCGCAAGAGGACGGUUACAAAUCUCGGGGGCUUCUCUGCCCAUCUAGGGCACAAGUUUGGCCACAGAGAUGUUUCACUUUCAAGAUGUUGAUUAUGAAUUGCGCGGGGUCGUACGGGGUCCUUCGAAAACCUUCUAUAUCCACUGUUCGUGAAGGAAAUUACUGGAAUUGAAUAUGUACAUGCACACCACAAAUUACACUGCAUGAUCGAACUAC